GCGCAAAUGUUUUAACAGAAAAUCUAGGUCUGAUGCAGGUACCAAUUGACAUGUCAAACUAGUCUGUUUACCAACUUCCAAGUGCCACAGUUUAUUUAAGCUUUAUUAUUAAAAUUAAGGUCAAAAUUAUUUCCCACACAGUCAAUCACCAAGCAGUCAAGAUUUCAGUUAAAAAAAUCAAAUUCAAAUCCAUUGAAGUGGAUCCCAGCAACACGGAGCUCUCGACGCUGAACAAGGUAUAUCCCAUAAGCCCUGUAACAGGGCCGGGAUCAGCAAGAUCUGUAUGGGAAUUAAGUCCCGAUCCCGACAUGGUCGGGAAUUUGCCAAACAAUUUAAUAACAGCCUCAUCAUUAAACAAUCAGGAUCAAUCGAAAAAUUCACGUACUCGACGACGAAAUGGUCCUGAUGAUAAUAUUUAUGCCGAUGAAGCAACACCUGGUCAAACACCAUCGGAUGAAGCGAAACUUCUCUUUGAACUUCUCAGAGCGGGUGAAUUACAAACGGUUGAAGAAUUGGUAGAAAAAAAUGGAUCGUGUAUCCUCAGUGCAAGAGAUGAAUGGGGAUAUACACCAGCUCAUUGGGCAGCAUUAGAUGGAAAUGUUGAGGUGAUGAGAUAUAUUAUUGAGAAAAAUGGUCCAGUUGAUUUGUCAUGUCUUGGAACUCAAGGACCAAAACCAAUUCAUUGGGCAUGUCGUAAAGGUCACAGUGCCAUUGUUCAGCUUCUUUUAAAGGCGGGUGUUGCUGUAAAUACAGCAGAUUUCAAGGGUCUGACACCAUUGAUGACAGCAUGUAUGUUUGGCAAAUAUGCAACAGCAGCAUAUCUCUUGGGUUGUGAUGCAUCAGGUUAUUUAAUGGAUAUAAAUGGUGAUACAGCAUUACAUUGGGCGGCUUAUAAGGGUCAUCCGGAAAUAAUUAAACUUCUCAUGUAUAGUGGAGUUGAUCUUGAGAAACCCGAUCAUUUUGGCUCAACACCCGUACAUUUGGCAUGUCUCUCGGGUAAUGUGAAUUGUGUGAAAAUUCUCUGUGAAAAGAGUAAAAUUGAAUUGGAACCACGUGAUAAAAAUGGAAAAACACCAUUGCAAUUGGCCAAAAGUCAUAAUCAUACUGAAAUUGUUCAAAUUCUACAAGCUGAGCAGAGAAGACGCGCCAGAUGGAUACCACCAAUCAAUGAACUCUGGGCAUUGCUGUUUGGCGGUGCAGGAAAUAGUAAAGGACCUCUACUUUUAUUCAUGGGUUCAGUUAUUUUUUGGGGCUAUCCCAUGUAUUUCUUCAAAUGUAUUCCAUUAACGUGGAAUCUUCUACGAGGCAGCCACUACUGCUUUACUUAUUGGAAUAUCGUUAUGUGGAUAUCUUGGAUUAUUGCUAAUAGAAAAGAUCCUGGAUAUGUGCCACAAAAUAGUGACGCCUACUACAGAGUGAUAAGACAAAUUCCGUACUUUGACAAAUGGAAAAAGAGGAAUGUUAUUCUAUCAAAACUUUGUCACAGUUGCCGAUGCUUUAGACCGCUUAGAGCCAAGCACUGCCGAAUUUGCAAUCGUUGCGUCACUUAUUUUGAUCAUCAUUGUCCAUUUAUUUACAAUUGCAUUGGAUUAAGAAACAGAAUUUGGUUCUUUUUCUUCGUGAUGAGCGUGGCCAUUAAUUGCUCAUUCACCGUUUAUUUUGCCUGCUAUUGUAUGGCAAUCGAGGGAAUUCAUUUGCUUUACAUUUUAGGCCUAAUAGAAGCACUCGUUUUUUGUGGACUCGGUUGGAUUUUAACCUGUACUUUGGUCCUUCAUGCCUGCAUGAAUUUAACAACGAAUGAAAUGUUCAAUUACAAACGCUAUCCAUAUUUAAGGGACAAAAAAGGACGAUAUUGGAAUCCUUUUAGCAGAGGUCCAGUUUUGAAUUUCAUCGAAUUUUUCCUCUGUCCGUCCGAUCAAUACGCAUACAACCCCCAAAAUUAUCAUAUAUUCUCUGAUGAAGUAAUGUAGACAAUUUAAUAAUAUGGCCUUUGAGCAUAUAUUUUUUUUUUCGUUUUCCAAUGAUGAACAAAAUAUAUAUUCCACUCUUCGCACAGUCAUGAUGUUCAAAAUAAUACUGCGGCACAAAAAAAAACACUUAACGCUUAAAAACAAAAAC